AUGGCUACAACGCCCACUCCCCGCCGCAUCAGCCUGGACGGCCAGGACCAUGUCGAGCUGCCGCAGACCAGCACCACGCACGACGACCCGACACCCACGGCUGAGCUCCCUGAACCUCUCCAAGGCAGCGACGACGAGACAAGCGAAAAUGCCGACCUGCACAAGCCCAGCCACAUGGCUGUGAAUAUGAACCAGAGCAUCUUUGGCUUGAUCGCCGCCGCCGGUUCUCGGGUCGACUUCAACACGCGGUUUGACGACGGCAGCAGCGACGAGGACGAGGGGGGCAGCUUGAAGCCCCCGAGCGCGCGACACCGAGACCUUUCGCAAACGGCAAUAUUCGGGUCAUUGCCGCCCAGGGAUAAGAGACUGGGGCGCGGGAAGCAGGUUCCCGGCCACAGGAUGUUAAAGUCGUUUGCCUCUUUACCCAAGAGGAAGAGCAGAUCGGGAACAGGCUCCAGCCGGCUAUGGGAACCAACCCAAGAGGUGGACGAGCAGAGCGAGCCUAGUGAACCUUCCUCUCCCAAAAUACCCUCACAGCAGCCGGACGAAGACGUUCGAAUAGCGCCCGUCAUGAGCAGAAUGCUGGAAGCCAAGGCUGAAAUGGCUAGCCGAUCUAGCUUCGACAUCGAAAGAGACUCUUCCGGUCCGGAUCGCACAGAUGAAGGAGAGGCAGAGGAUGAGGCAGAGGACGACGAAGAUGAAGACGGGGAGGACGCCACAGCGCUGGCAAAGAAAUUAAUGGAAAUCUUCAAGUUUGAUGAGCCCGAGCGAGUUAUAGAAGAGUACCCCUGCUGGCUACUUCAUAGCGUACUGCUCCAAGGUUACCUAUACAUCACGUCCAAGCACAUUUGCUUCUACGCAUACCUUCCAAAGAAGACGCACGCCGUCACCAAGUCUGGUUAUCUUUCAAAAAGUGGCAAACGGAACCCUAAAUACAACCGUUACUGGUUUCGCCUCAAAGGCGAUGUACUCUCGUACUACCAAGAUGCAACAAAUUUGUACUUCCCGCAUGGCCAUAUUGACCUUAGUUUCGGCAUAUCCGCUAGCAUCACCGACGAAGACAAGGAAGGUGUGCACUUCUCAGUGGUAACGAGCCACCGUACCUACAACUUCAGGGCCGAGAGCGCACCAAGUGCAAAGGAGUGGGUGAAAAGCCUGCAAAGGGUCAUUUUCCGAAGCCACAAUGAUGGCGACAGCGUCAAAAUAUCUCUGCCCAUUGAGAACAUCAUUGAUGUCGAAGAUACCCAGAUGAUGGACUUUUCGGACACUUGUAAGAUUCGGGUAAUAGAUAGCGAUGAGACUUUUGCUAUUGACGAGCACUUCUUCUCAUUCUUUACUGUUGGCAAAGAGGCCAUAAACGUCAUCAAGCUUCUGGUAGAGAACGCAUCUGCCGAGGGCCCAACCGCUGGUAAAGUCAUUGCCGCUCAGGAAGGAGAAUCCUCAGACCAGUCUUCAUCACCACACAUCUCUGGGGGCGCAUUCCGAAAUCUAGCUCGUGUCGACAGCGCACUUACAACCAAGUUUCUCAGUACUGCGCAAGAGGUUGUUUCUUCAGCAUCGCCCAAAUCAACAAGUCCUAGCCCACACCCCAGCGCCGAUGAAGAAGGUGUAUUGAGCUUGAAGAGCUCUCGGGGCAGAGGAUCCAGCGAUGACAGAAGACUAGAAGGCGACCGGCACGCUGAAGAAAGGACAUCGUCGCGGAUAAUGGAAUCGUCAGAGUCCAAUAUGUAUUCCUCGAUUGAAGAACCGAGCUUCGCUAGCCUCACCCAAUCUGCGUUUGAAGAUCCUUCGGCAAGCCAGAUUCUCAGAGGCAGCGAUGUAUUCCAAAGUCCCACAAUGAGACACUCACAAACCUCCAGCCGGGAUUACAACGAGUUCAAGGACAAGGCCCCCGAGUCAAAGCAAGGGCAGCAGGGCUCAGCGGCAGCAAGUCAGAGCGAGGGAUCUGUCUAUACAGGGUCAGCUGAACCCCCGCGAACGUCGACGCCAACAUUACAGAGUAUUACCAAGAUGGGAGCGUAUCCUCUACAACGAGCGGGCGCGUUUGCCGACUACCUAAACAAGACGGGUAAACGAAUGAGCACUCUCUUUGCAACCGAGUCUAUGGGCUAUGUUGAAAAGGUAUCUGGCAUGUGGAAGGGCGAACGCAAGCACUACGAUGAACCAGCCGGUCUACGACCUGACGAGGAUGAGCUGGAAGAGGAUGAUGAUGGCCAGAUCAAAACUUCUAAUGAGCGAUUUCGAGCGCAUUUCGCACUUCCCGACACAGAAAGGCUGCAGGCCACAUACUUUGGCUACAUCAUGCGUGUCCUGCCGUUGUAUGGCAAGAUCUACCUCAGCGGCCGGUAUUUCUGCUUUCGAAGCUUGCUUCCUGGCACUCGAACCAAGUUGAUUCUACCCCUGAAGGAUAUCGAGAACGCGCAUAAGGAGAAGGGCUUCCGUUUCGGAUACUCUGGCUUGGUUGUCGUAAUCCGCGGACAUGAAGAGCUCUUCUUUGAAUUCCGACAAGCCGAGAUUCGCGACGAUUGUGCGGUGACACUGCUCCAAUGCCUGGAAACUGAUCGUAAUCUUCAGGAAUCCGGGAUUCUAGAACAGCACUACAAGCACGAGGCAAGCGCUGCUGCUGCAGAACGGGAUGCUUUGAAACUAGCGACAGGGGACGUGUUUGCGGAUCGUGAGCUUCAGCUAGCCCAAUCAACCGCGUCGCUGUCUCAGGCCCCCAAUAUCCUGGGCGAUGACAUGGAGACAUCAGUAAUCCAGUUCAAGUCGCCGCAUCCCAUGAGAAUCACAUGCCUGACAAUCGGCUCCAGGGGCGAUGUUCAGCCUUACAUUGCCUUGUGUAAAGGAUUGCUCAAAGAGGGUCACAAGCCGCGGAUUGCGACUCAUGCUGAGUUCCAGGGAUGGAUCGAAUCUCACGGUAUUGAGUUUGCUUGUGUCGAAGGUGACCCUGGAGAACUCAUGCGCCUCUGCAUUGAAAAUGGAACGUUUACCCUUUCAUUCCUCCGAGAAGCCAAUGCGACGUUCCGAGGUUGGCUCGACGAUCUUCUUGACUCGGCGUACAAGGCUUGUGAAGGAUCAGAGCUUCUCAUUGAAUCGCCAUCCGCCAUGGCAGGAAUUCAUAUCGCCGAGAAGCUUGGCAUUCCCUACUUCAGAGCAUUCACAAUGCCGUGGACAAGGACAAGGGCAUACCCCCAUGCCUUCAUCAUGCCUGAAAACAAAAUGGGCGGUGCCUAUAAUUACAUGACCUACGUCAUGUUUGACAACAUCUUCUGGAAGGCUACCGCGCAUCAGGUUAACAGAUGGAGGAACAAGACACUUGGCUUACCAAACACUGGCUUGGAAAAGAUGCAACCCAACAAGGUGCCGUUCCUAUACAACUUUAGCCCGAGUGUUGUUGCGCCGCCUCUGGAUUUCUCAGACUGGGUCAGAGUCACUGGUUACUGGUUCUUGGAUGAAGGCGGCGACUAUAAGCCCCCUCAGGAGCUGCAAGAGUUCAUUUCCAAGGCAAGGGCCGACGGCAAAAAGAUUGUAUAUGUUGGGUUUGGCUCCAUCAUUGUCAACGAUCCGGCAAAGAUGACUCAGGAGGUGAUUGAUGCCAUCCUCAAAGCCGAUGUUCGAUGCAUUCUCUCCAAGGGAUGGUCGGAUCGCAUAACUACCGGAAGGGACGAGCCCACUGGGCCACCCAUGGCAGAGCCGGUGAUGCCGCCUGAGAUUCACGUCAUCAAGUCUGCUCCGCACGACUGGCUCUUCAGACAGAUUGAUGCGGCAGCGCAUCACGGUGGAUCCGGCACCACCGGAGCCAGCUUGAGGGCCGGCAUACCAACCAUCAUUCGGCCAUUCUUUGGAGACCAAUUCUUCUUUGCGAGUCGCGUAGAAGAUUUGGGCGUCGGUGUGUGGGUCAAGAAAUGGGGAACGAAAUCUUUUGGCCGGGCUCUUUGGGAGGUAACGCGUAACGAGCGGAUGAUUGUCAAGGCCCGGCUCCUAGGUGAACAGAUUCGCAAGGAGAGUGGCGUCGAAACAGCCAUUCAGUCGAUAUAUCGAGAUAUGGAAUACGCGAAGAGCCUGAUCAAGCAUACAGAUGGACAUUUAGAAACAGAAGAAGACGAGGACACGGAAGAAAGUUGGACAUUUGUCCGAGGCGACGAACCAGAUCCGGAUGUGAUUACGACCAAGUUGAGCGAGGGAUUGGAUGGCGUGGCAUUGGGUAACAAUAGCAAGGCGUCGGGCAAGGCAUGA